UUCCCUGGGACCCCCGGCCCCGGCCGCCCUCUCUCCCCGGUCCCGUUAGACCCCCCGCCCUGCGCGCACGCGCCGUCCCUGUUCCCUGCGCCCCGCGGUCGCGCCCCAGCCACGACCCCAGCCCCAGCUCUUAUAGCUCUUAUAGCCUCGGAAGUCCCUGGGGUCGAAUUCCUGGGGAGGGGGUUCUUAUCCCUUGGAACACUGACCCCCAUCACUCGGGCGGAGAAUCAGCCAAAAUUCCUACGAAGUCACAGAGUAAAAUUGGAAAACGUAGCCAGGACCUCCCGGCACACGCCCGGCGCCUCCUGCCCUCCUCCUCUAGAUGGGUGCUCCUGGAGGAUGUGUUCCCCUCAUCCCCCAGCCCCGCCACCCUCUUCUGUCCUGGAGUUGGGGGACAGGGACGCUAUGAGGGACGCAUGUGGGUGCCCUUGAUCCAGCUCAGCCUGACGACUAGAAAGGGAAGAUGCCUGUUGGGAUGGGCCUCCAGGACCCAGGAGUGGAGGGCCCAAGGAGGACCAGGGAGUUCUCAUCCAAGAUAGGGACUCUCCAGCCAGCCCUGGAGCCUGCUGUGGGGCGCCCUGCCCCGCAGCACCACCCAUUUCCCAGAGGUGGGUCCCCUGGGGGUGAAGGGGUUAGUUCUGCCCAGGUCUCUCUUCCUUGAUCUUCACUGGCCAGUGUGGAGGUAUGGCCGGGAGGAGCCCAGGUUUGUCUAGACCAGAGUCAGCCUGGCCCAAGAGUGACCACUUCUGACCUCUCCUUUCUUCACCCUGGGCAGUGAGACACACCAGAUGAGGAACAUGAGAAGGGGUGAAAACCACAAAUGUGUAUCUGUUUCUGCAGGGGUGGAGGGGGAGUGUCGGCCCCCUGCCCAGCUAUGCAGGGGGUGGGGUAGGACUUUUCCAGAGAGGGAGCCAGGCCUGGCCCUGGCCCCAAGAGCUCACGCCCCCACCCCUUACUUCUCCAGGGAACUGCCAAAGCCAAACCCAGCUCAGGACAGGAUUAUGUGUACUGGGUAGACCCAUGGAGAAGAGGUAGCAGAGAGAAGCAGAGGCAGAGAGGGAGUAGAGAGGGGACCCGGACCCGGCAGCAAGAAGCGGCAGUGAUCAUCACCCUAUCUCUCCUUCCCCAACAUCCAGUAACAGAGUCAGGCAGAGAGCUGAAGUUUUGGGUGGAACGUUGGCCCUCCUCUGGAGCCCCUACCCGCCCCCCCCCCAUCAGGGCGGAGUUGCUGACCUCAGUGGUCAGCCCAGCCAAGGGAAGGAGCAGCCAUCAGCAACCCCCUUCCCAACCCCAAGCAGCUGAGGAGACCCUGCAGCUCAGGCUCAACCACUGUGAUCCCUCCCUUAACUUCAAGUCCUGGGGUCUCAGGGAGGGAAGUGGGGCUGAGUUACUACCCCCAAGCACAUUCCUGCCCUUCCCUCUGUCAUUUUCCGCCCCUGAGCUGGCCCACCUGGCAUUAGCUCCUUGGAUUCCUCUCCCGGGUGCCUUUUGGAUCCAACAGACAUUUUUUUUUUUCCUGGAAAGCAGAACUCCGAGCAGCAUGAGGAGUGGGGGUGGGAAGGGCUCAUUGUGAGCAGGAAGGGGCUGGAGGGCAAGGGGGAGCGAUGGGAGAGUCAGGCUUAGACCAGGGGAAGGCUCCAAGCUCCACUUCCCCAAGGAUCAAGUUUAGACUUCAGGAGGGACUUCCUGGCUCUUCAGAAGGUAGACCGUGCAUGAUUGGGGAGCAAUGGCAUCUCUAGCUGCAUAUCCCCUUCCCAGGUUUCCCUAGCCCAUCAGAGUCUUGCCUGAAGUAAGGCCUCAUUGAUCUAAUGCUGGAUGCUGGCCCCUAGAGGGAGGUUAAAUCUCAGUGGGAAAAAUCACCUGCUUCUCUAGAGAUUAAACCAUCAGCCCAUUUAGUUUAUCCCUUGACUGGAAAGUGUUUGAGGCAGGCAGAGAUGUGCCUGAGUGUUCCAGAAGGAGCUUUAUUAGCUAAGAAGGGAAGAAAAAGCUGGGAGUCAGGUAGGAAACGGAAAGCCCAAGGGGCUUCCAGUCAGCAGCUCAGAGGGGGUGUCUGGUAAGUCCUCAUUGAGCCUCCCUCCUCAGCUUUCCAGGACCUCUGGGAGGGCAGGAGAGGGAGCCAGAUGAAAACCAUCUUAAGAAAGAUGCGUGUGCCUGAGCUGGCCUAGAGACAGUUCCUAGUUAGGACAUGGAGGAGCUGAGAAGUUCCUGCAGCUGAGGAGGGGGACUGAGCCUGAGUUGGGAGGCUGAGGGCAGACCGCCACCCCUCCAGCCUGGGAGGAUGGACAAGGGCAGUGUGCC